CACCCGCCAGCCGGACCCCAGAGACCUGCGCGUCCCAUGUCCCCAGCUCGGCCAGCUGUCUCCAGCCAGGCCACCGCUGCCAUGCCAGCCUCCCGGCUCCAGUCCCCCUGAUCUCCCAGGGAGUUUCUAGGACCUCAGAGACAAAAGUAGAGAUGGAAGAGACCUUUGUGGUGGAGAGCCCAGAUGUCACCUAUGGGCCUGACUUCAUCCAGGCCCACUACACAUACCAGACAACCCGUGUCAGCCAGGAUGGAGGCCGUAUUAAGGUGCGCCCCAUUUCCACCCAUUUCACGUUUCGUACUGAGCGGAGAGUGCCCCGACUGGGGGUCAUGCUAGUGGGCUGGAGUGGAAACAACGGCUCCACGGUAACCGCAGCUGUGUUGGCCAACCAGCUUAAUCUCUCCUGGAUGACCAAGACUGGUAAGAAGGAAGCCAACUAUUAUGGUUCCCUUCUUCAAGCUGCCACAGUGAGCCUGGGCAGUGAUGACCGUGGCAGAGACGUCCACGUCCCCUUCCGUGCCCUACUGCCCAUGGUCUCGCCCAAUGACAUCGUCUUCGAUGGCUGGGACAUCUCUUCCUUGAACCUGGCAGAGGCCAUGAAGCGGGCACAGGUGCUGGAUUGGGCACUGCAGGAACAGCUGCGGCCACAUAUGGAACAGCUGCGGCCCCGGCCCUCCGUCUACAUCCCCAAGUUCAUUGCGGCCAAUCAGGAGAGUCGAGCAGACAACCUCAUUCCCGGCUUUUGAGCCCAGCAGCUGGAGCAGAUCCGCAGGGACAUCCGUGAGUUCCGGGCCAGCAGUGGGGUGGACAAGGUCAUCGUCUUGUGGACGGCCAACACCGAGUGCUUCUGUGAUGUGGUUCCUGGGCUCAAUGACACAGCUGAAAACCUGCUUCAGGCCAUUGAGCGGAACCUGGAGGUGUCUCCUUCUACCCUGUUUGCAGUAGCCAGCAUUCUGGAAGGCUGUGCCUACCUCAGUGGUGCUCCCCAGAACACCUUUGUGCCGGGCGCAAUAGAGCUAGCCAUGCAGAGACGGGUCUUUAUUGGAGGAGAUGAUUUCAAGUCUGGCCAAACUAAGAUCAAAUCUGUGCUUGCAGACUUCCUCAUUAGUGCUGGCUUGAAGACUGUGUCUAUUGUUAGCUACAACCACCUGGGCAACAAUGAUGGCCGGAACUUGUCAGCUCCAAAGCAGUUCCACUCUAAGGAGGUCUCUAAGAGCAACGUUGUCGAUGACAUGGUGCAGAGCAACCCGCUGCUGUACGGGCCUGGGGAGGAGCCCGACCACUGUGUUGUGAUCAAAUACGUCCCUUAUGUGGGGGACAGUAAGCGGGCUCUGGAUGAGUACACAUCAGAGAUCAUGCUUGGGGGAACCAACACCAUCGUCCUACAUAACACGUGUGAGGACUCUCUCCUGGCCAGCCCCAUCAUCCUGGACUUAGUGAUCCUCACUGAACUCUGCCAGAGCAUCACCUUCUGCACUGACAGCGACCCCCACUUCCAGAGCUUCCACUCGGUCCUGUCCAUUCUUAGUUUCCUCUGCAAGGCCCCGAUGGUGCCCCCGGGCACCCCCGUGGUCAAUGCCCUCUUCCGGCAGAGAAGCUGCAUCGAGAACAUUCUGAGGGCAUGUGUGGGUCUUGCACCCCAGAACCACAUGUUGCUGGAGCACAAAAUGGAACGUGUGAGCAGUGAGUUUCGACGUGAGGGUGCUGAAACCCCCACUUGCCCUGUGCCCAGGAAGAAGGGAGUGGCAGCUUCUUCCCCCGAUGGUUAUGUGGCUGGCACCAAUGGGCAUGCGCAUGCUAGUAUCCAGCAUGCCCCUGCCACCUAGCAGCCUUGGCAUCUCCACCAAUGAUUCCUGCCAGUCUCACCCCUUACCACGAUGCCCCCCCCCAGGCUGUUAAUCCAGCCUCUCCGAUCACAAUAAAUCUGGCAGCAGAAUG